AUGAAGCUGCUGAGCAUCGUGCUGCUGCUGGGGACUGCAGUUGCAGCCUGGGGCAGUUUAAAGCUCAAGGGGCAUCCAUGCCACCCCCACGCACAGCCCUGGCAGGCAGCCAUCUUCAUACGCUCCAAGUACAACUGCGGCGCCACCCUCAUCAGCAGUAGAUGGGUCCUGACUGCAGCCCACUGCCUGACCGGCCCCAUCCACGUGCGCCUGGGGGAUUACAACCUGUAUGCCCGCGAGGGCACCGAGCAGUACAAAGUCGUGGCUAAAAGCAUCAUCCACCCCGGCUACAACUGCACGGACCACGACAACGACAUCAUGCUGCUCAAGCUGCAGACCCCGGCCACGCUCAACCGCUACGGCGACUCCGGCGGCCCGCUGGUGUGUAACGGGAAGCUGCAGGGUGUCGUGUCUUGGGGCGACGUGCCCUGUGUCUCCACCCUGAAACCCGGCGUUUACAUGAACAUCUGUAAAUACCACGACUGGCUGCAGGCCACCAUGUGGGCAAACUGA